AUGGCAAAUGGUGGGAUCCAGAAGAAUGACAAUACGACCAAUUUCAAAGUCGCACAAUUCUCGACUUACUCAAAAGAAAUUGAAAUCAUUAUGAAGAAAAUAACAUUUCUGGAAAGAAAUAUUACUCAACAAUUAGAUACUCUCCCUCAUUUCCCGAAGACUUUGCCGCCAAGUCACAAAACCUGCAGAUGUAGAACGAGCAAGCCAAGGGAAAGUUGGAGCAAUCAGCUGAAAAACUUAUUGGGCAUUUACUCCAAGGAGGAAAUUUCUACUUUGGACAAUUUAGCCGCAACGUUACACGACCAAGUCCUAAAGCUUCAAGCUAAACUGUUCCCCAUUGCUAUACUGAAACAGGUUCAUCUUGAUAAUAACAACGUAGAAAAUAGGAAAAUUUUGAAAGAGGUAACUUACGAGUAUCUCUCUAAGGAAAACUGCCAACGAGAAAGAAAAUUUGGAGCAUUCAUCGUUAAGAGGAUUUUUUUUGGCGAUUUGUCCCUUGGUGUUUCCAUAUUAGUCAACCGAGUAACCUUUGAAACAGUGACAUCAUCUAUUGUAAUAGUGAGUAGUUCAUUCAUCGAAAAUGAUUUCUUUUACGAGGACUAUUUGAUAUUAGGUUGCAAAGUGAGACGACGGAAAAAAUUCAAGAGAAAGAUCUUAUUUAUUUCCAACACCAUAAAUUUUAAUUAUCAAACUAAAGUGUAA